UGUCCCGGAAGCGGAAGUGUCAUCUCCUGUCUGUCAAAGUCGGUGUGUUACUCGGUGGUCGCAGGAUCCUGGAGGAAGUCGUUCACACUUAUCUUUUCCUGCCUCUUGAGCAGUUCCCCCCUGGCGGGUGGGAGUGCAGGGACGGAGGUGCGAGAUGAGCACGAUGUUUGCAGACACUCUCCUCAUCGUUUUUAUCUCCGUGUGUACGGCUCUCCUGGCGGAGGGCAUUACCUGGGUCCUGGUUUACAGAACAGACAAGUACAAGAGGCUGAAGGCAGAAGUGGAAAAGCAGAGUAAAAAAUUGGAAAAGAAGAAGGAAACAAUAACAGAGUCAGCUGGUCGGCAACAAAAAAAGAAAAUAGAGAGGCAAGAAGAGAAACUGAAGAAUAAUAACAGAGAUCUUUCAAUGGUUCGGAUGAAAUCCAUGUUUGCAAUUGGCUUUUGUUUCACUGCCCUCAUGGGGAUGUUCAAUUCCAUAUUUGAUGGUAGAGUGGUGGCAAAGCUCCCUUUCACCCCACUUUCCUACAUCCAAGGCCUGUCUCAUCGAAACCUGCUGGGAGAUGACACCACAGACUGUUCUUUUAUCUUCCUCUAUAUCCUCUGUACCAUGUCAAUUCGACAGAACAUCCAGAAGAUUCUUGGCCUUGCCCCUUCACGAGCUGCCACCAAGCAGGCAGGUGGAUUUCUUGGCCCUCCACCUCCGUCUGGAAAGUUCUCUUGAACUCAGGGAGAAGCUUUUAGUUCCUGUGGUUCUUUCUAAGCAUUCACCUCAGACUGGCCAUGUUUUACAGCAAGAGCUGUAGGGCCGUCAUCUCGUUUUGUUUCUCAACUUUUUAAAUGUGAUUAGGCACCUAACAGGAUAGUUCUUUUUGUCAUAGAAAUUUUUUUUAAAUCAGUACAUCAAUUAGUUAAGUUCAGGUGAUUUUUUAUGUUGAAAAAACAAAUCUUUCUUGCUUUAAUAUUUUCUGAGGGAGCGACUCAAGGCUGUGUGUGCCAUCUACCAUGGAAGCUGACUCCGUGAACACCGGUGAGCUAAAAGAAAAAUUUAAUCUGUGUAACUCAACUUCAUUGGAACUGUUUGUUGUGUUUUUAAAGCCCAGUCACUUAACAUCAAUAAAGAAGCCAAAUUUCUAACCA